AUGCCGACAGGUGGUGCGAUCCGAAUGUUCUCGUGUCUCAUCUUGCUACAACGUCGUGUCUGUGCUGUGCUGCGAUCUUCAGCCUCCCAACCCCUCCCAUACUCCCACGAGUGGUCGAGUACCACAGUCGUACCGCCUGACUCCGCGGGUCGAUGCGCUCGACAGCAGCCCAAGUCGACGGUGAUCGGCUUGACCCGCACGCAGACGACUGUCGCGGACGUUCUCGACGCGCGGGGGUUCCAGCGUGUUCAUGCACGGAAAGCGAUCGGUCGCGGGGGGAUCCCUGUGGAUGGGCCACAGGAGAGCCCCCAUCCUACUGAUCUUCAGGUGCUGUCAAUCGGUCGCGAAGACAAGCCGGGAGGUGGUGCCUCACCCGUCCAGAUUCCCACCUCACACGCUGAUCUCAAAGGCGAGGACGACAUCACGAUCUUGCGCGACGGUGAUGCCGAGCGUGUUCUCCCCUACAGUGCAGAUGACUCCCCGUUUCCCGAGGUUCGAGCAGUCGUCCGGCCCAAGGACGAUGCCUCUGUCCCGGUCAAUACUGUCCGGAUGUGGGUCAUUGGACUGUUAUUCACGAUCAUCGGAUCCGGAUUGAAUCAGUUUUUCAGUCUCCGUCAGCCAAGCGUGUCCAUCAAUUCGUUGGUCGCCCAACUGCUGGCCUUUCCCGUCGGACGUCUCUGGGCCCGGUGGAUGCCCAUCGGCAUCUUGAAUCCGGAUCGACAUUUCAACAUCAAAGAGCAUGCCCUCAUCGCCAUCAUGGCUAAUGUCUCCUUCGGCUCGGCUGCCGCGACCCAGGUCAUACAGGCCGCCGUCAAGUUCUACGGCAUGCGCUCCGACGGCGGCUUUGAAGUCCUCCUCUGUGUGACAACCCAGCUGUUCGGCUUCGGACUGGCGGGACUAGCUGCACGUUGGCUGAUCACCCCGGCCUCGAUGAUUUGGCCGCAAGUGCUGUCCAACGCGGCCCUCCUGGCCACCUUGCAUUCGCGAGAGAAUCUCUUGGCGGAUGGGUGGCGCAUCACUCGUCUUCGCUUCUUUCUCGUGGUCUUUCUCGGGGGUGCGCUCUGGUAUUUUGCCCCCGGAUACCUCUUCACCGGUCUCAGUACUUUCAGUUUCGUAUGCUGGAUUGUCCCCUCCAAUGUCGUGGUCAACCAACUAUUCGGCCAGGUCACUGGCCUCGGCAUGUCCAUCUUGACCUUUGACUGGGCGCAAAUUGUGUAUGCGAAUGGCAGCCCACUCUUGGUGCCCUUCUGGGCAGGGCUGAAUGUCAUGGGCUCGUUUGCUAUAUUCUACUGGUUGAUUUGUCCGAUUCUGUACUACACCAAUACCUGGUAUUCGGCCUAUCUACCCUUGCUCAACUCCAACACGUUCGACAACACAGGUCACGCCUACAACACUUCCCGGAUCAUGGGCCCUGAUGGCACGGUGAACCAAACGGCAUAUCAAGCGUACUCGCCCAUGUUUUUACCGGUGGGCUACGCCAUGACCUUUGGGGUAGCCUUUGCCAACCUCACGGGGAUCUUUGUGCACAUCAUUCUCUACCACGGCCACGACCUCUGGCGACAGUGGAAGGGAACCAACGAACGCGAUAUUCAUGCCCGCAUUAUGGCCACCUAUCGAAGAGUGCCCUGGUGGUGGUUUGGCGUCGUCACCGUGGUCAUGUUUGUGCUGAGCGUGGUCACAAAUGAAGUGUGGCGCACAGAACUUCCCAUCUGGGCCGUGUUCCUGGCAUUCGUACUACCCACCAUCUAUUUCAUCCCGGUGGGAGUCAUCAAAGCUUUGACCAACAUUAGUAGCAACCAGCUCAAUCUAUUGUCCGAGUUCAUAGGGGGAUAUGCGAUGCGCGGCCAUCCCAUGGCGAACAUGAUUUUCAAAUUUUACGGCUACGUUGCCAUUCAACAGGGAAUUGAAUUUGUUGCGGAUAUGAAGCUUGCUCAUUACAUGCACAUAUCUCCCCGCACCGUCUUCGCUGCUCAAGGUAUCGCAGCUCUUUUGGGUGCCAUUGUACAGUGUGGUGUCACCGUGUUCAUGAUCACGACAUUCGACGAGGUCUGUACACCUGAUGCCGAUGGUAAUUUCACUUGUCCGCACGGUCGCGUGACGUAUUCGUCAUCCUUGAUUUGGGGUGCCAUUGGACCAGGCCGGUUGUUCUCGCCAGGUGAGAUCUACGGGAAACUCUUGUGGUUCUUUCUGGUCGGCCCUGUCCUGGUGAUCAUCACGUUUUGUUUGGGUCGACGGUGGACAAACGUCAACUAUCUUUCGUGGCCUGUCGCUUUUGGAGCCAUGAGUCUUGUGCCUCCUGCGACUGGGGUCAAUUUCUCCUCUUGGUGGGCGACUAAUGUGCUCUUCAACUGGUUCAUUCGACGUCGCAGACCAGCUUGGUGGUCAAAAUACAAUUACGUCUUGUCUGCCGCACUGGAUUGUGGUGUCGCCGUCUCUACCGUCAUCAUCUUUUUUUGCAUUUCACUGCCCGCUGGACCACUCAAGUGGUGGGGUAAUACUGUAUAUACUCAUACUGCCGAUGGGCAAGGCACGCCGUACAAACGUCUUCCCAGUGCAGGCUACUUUGGGCCAGAAAAGGGGUCAUGGAGUUGA